AUGCAAUUCACGACCUCCCAUGUGCUUGGAACGGUUCCAUACCGAUGGGAGUCGCAAGCCCGGACUUACACCCACGCACAGCUUCUUGAGGUGGAGUUCGAUUCUCUGAAUGUCGUUGUGCUCGACGGGCCCCUCCUUCAUGAUGGCGGCGUGUGUGCCGAGGAGAAAGCUGCAGCCGUGAAGGUUCACCUCGAAAUGUGCAGUGAUCAGAAGGGGCUACUGAUGCACGAGCUGGGAAAGCAAGGAAAGGCGGCCCUGGUGCGGGAGACUGAAGAGGAGUGGGAGCUCUUGGUUCCACACAACCUCCUGUCUCAGCUUAGCUUCUCGGAAAGGGUCAUCGCACGUUGGCGCAGGCACCGGACACUGCCAGUGUCAAGCCAUUGGCAAGAUGCUGAGCAAGCCGGAACAGACCUUUGGAAGCUGUGGGAUGAUACUGUUGAGACCCCAUGUAUUCCCGACCUCGAUCUGUCAUGGCAAGAAAGUGGGAGCGUGGGCACGAACGAGCUCAUGGAAAUCAGCGGCGCCUGCCAGAAGGUACAACCUGGCACGAAGCAGACGGUCGGGAACAUGGUGAUCCAGCGCAUCGUCCACAAGGAACACUGCGCAGUUUGGUCUGCGCAAGUGGGUACCGACCCGGUCAUGUUCGUGGCAUCGCAGGUGGUCCUCGCCACGCCGGAGCCUCCAGAGGCAGUGCUGUGGGCUCUGUAUUCUGCCGAGGAGAUCGGGGGGCAUGCGAGCCUCGCUUCGGACCUCCUGUUCGAGACAACCAUUUCUGACAUCAUUAUUCCAAUCAGUCUCAUGCUGGACUUGUUUUUGGUGUUUGUCAUGCAGCAUUCGAUAUUGUUGUGCGAGGCUUAUGACGUUGUCAUAUUCGCAUGUAUGAACAGAGCGACUGAAGUGGGAUGGUGGCUCGUUUUCAGCCUACGAGGCCUGUCUCUGUUCUUUGAUCUGGGAUACUUGAACGCGUUGCAGGUGCAAGAGGCCACCGGAGCUCUUUGCGAUUUCCUCUACUGCCGCAUCCACCUUGUCACAGGCGUGACGGAUCGGGACAUGGUGCAGGAGCGCUUUCUGCUCCGCCUCGCAGACCGAGGCUAUGCCAUAGCCAUCCGUGCCUGCAGUGAUGGCCAGUCCCGUGCUUUGGGGCUCUGGGCUCAAUCCACAGCAUGCUUCGUGGCCAGGUACAUCAUCCAGCCGAAUCCGGCAGGCGUCCUGGUGACCGGCGUCUCCCAGACGGACCUCGGGGGCAACGUGCCGCUGUGGUUCCAGGGCCUUGUCAAGAAG